AUGCUGCGACGGGCUCAUCAAGUGGCAGCGACUGGUUUUCAGCUGCAAGCUGGAUCUUAUGCCAAGGCAAGACCGAGUUAUCCACCUGCAGCACUCGAGCGUAUCAAGCAGAUCUUGCCAGCCAAGAAAAAAGCGCUGGACCUUGCUGCAGGAACAGGGAAAAUGACAAAACUCCUUGACCAGGCUGGAUAUGAGGUGACCGCCGUCGAACCCGUCGAGAAUAUGAGACAGAAACUGGCCAAAGAUCUACCUCACAUCAACACAUUAGAGGGCACUUCUUGGAGAAUUCCGGUUUCUCCCGAAUCCCAAGAUGCGGUCAUGAUGGCUCAAGCAUUCCAUUGGUUCGAUGAUAUUGAAACCCUUAGAGAAGUUCACCGUGUACUCAAGCCCAAUGGGCUCGUAUUCAUGAUUUGGAAUAAGGAAAGCCGAGAACGCAGUCCAAUGAUAGCGCAGCUGAGAGACUAUUACGAAGUUCAUGAAGGCAACACCCCGCAAUACCGUAAAGGCACUUGGAAGAACGUCUUCGAACUACCCGAAGCCGGCAAACUGUUUAAUUUGCCUAUGAAUCACGCUUUCUAUACCAACGAUCUCUACCUUGCACGAGAGGAUAUUUGGCCUCGCAUUCACAGUUUGAGUUUUGUGGCGGUGCUUCCUCAAGACAAGAAGGAUCAACUGCGGCAACAAAUUGAAGCUGUCUUGGACGAUCCUAAUUUUGGCCACGCAAAAGACGAGCAAGGUCGCUUCUUCUUUCCCCAUGACACUAAUAUGUACUGGUUCCAAAAACGAUAG